AUGAACGCGAUUCAGCAAAAAUGUCGUCCGAAGCACCAAGUGCUGGUGCUCAAGUGCUACCCGCGAACAAAUAAAGGUGCUGUCGAUGUGAAGCCGAACUCGAGCGAGUUAAGCUACCUGCUGUUCUACGCCACCUCCCGCCGCUCCAAGAUCCAAAAGAUUGGCUCCUUCCUCGAGAAGAAGACCGCCAGCGAUGUCUGGCGCCUGCGCAUCGGAAAUGUCCAAGUCACCCUCCGGAUUCUCACGGCACUAAUCGAGAAAGCACCCAAGGACUUGCCGCUUGUGGCUCCGAAUGUGCUCAAAAUCCUCGAUCUCAUCCUUGGAUCAAAGGACAUAACCAUGGUGGAGUCCUCCAUUCCUACGUUCGAGGCCUUUUGCGAAAAUCACGACGCCUCUACUUCCUUUGCCGACCAGGCGUACCUUGCCCAAUACGAAUCGAUCGUCCGCACCUACGCCUCGCUCUCGUCGACCCGUGAAAACCCAGGGAAAGGAGCUUCGAGCAAGCCUGUGCUGAUGCGAUGGAGAAACGCAGGCCUCGAGGCCAUCAGGAGCGUGUCCUCUUCAGAGGCCCUGUCUACCGUCACCGGUCGUCAGUUUGACGUGAUCGUUCCCGUGAUUUUGGAUAAUCUCUGGUGGGGCGACGAAGAGUUGCUCGACACGCUUCUGUCGCGCAUCCAGAUGGAAGAGAAGGUACUGACCGAGAAGCUUCGCCGUAGGACGAGUGUCGCAACUGUCGAAAGCGGCGGCACUGGCGGCGAAGCCAACCCUAUUGCACUGACAGGCACCGCAUUCGACGUGGAUAAGCUGGCAGAAGAGGACAUCGGGGUUCUUGCCAUGCAGUGCUUGAAGCAGAUCUUCGUCGUACCCAACAGGCCACAGAUUCAUUCCGCCACCGGCUCCCUUUUGCACUUCAUUGAGAGUCGCGUUGCGAACGGCGACACGGUCGUCAAGACGGACGAAAAGUCUGGUAAGGACUACGGGUGGGCAAUCAGCAUUUACAGCGCCAUUGCGCGAUGGGCGCCCGUGCAAGAUCGCUAUGUCAUCCUGGUGACCGCCAUGGAUCAUCUCUUGAAAGCGCCCGUCAAGGACGACAACCUGAAGCUGCAUCUCACAUUUGCGGCCAUGAUUGGAUCCUUGCUGCGCUCUGAUAUCAACCUGAUCGGGCUGAGCGCCAUGGACGUUCUGCUGGGGCUCAUUCAGCACAUGAAGAAGCUGAUCCAACUCCCUGGUGGCUUUGGUAGAGUAGAAGGGGAUGCCGAGGAGACUCCUUCCAGUCCGCAGGGCUCCGGGGACGUCUUCGCACAACGGAAGGAGCUUCUUGAGAGAAUCCAGAUCUGCAUUGGAGACCUCGCAACACACGUCUAUUACGCAGACCAGAUCUCGGACAUGAUAUCGACCAUCCUCCUCCGCCUCAAGCCCUCAAAAUCCUCGAGCACCACCUCCUCACCUCGGGCGGACGAUGCCGAGCAGCCAUCCUCGGACGAUUUGAGCUCUAGCCAGCCUCAGCUGGAAACCAUUCUUUCCCGUAAUGUAGGCAAAACUGCCGCUCUGAAAGCCAUCAAGAACAUUCUCCUUGUUGCGAACCCGCGGGCGCAGAUGUCUGGCAACUUGAACCUUUCACGAAAUAGAGUCCCGAUUCAAGUAUGGGAAAAUACACAUUGGCUCCUGCGGGAUCCGGACGGCGAGGUCAGGAAAGCCUACGCUGAUGCGCUUUUGACCUGGCUUGACCGCGAAACGACGCCGUCAGACUCGAAGGCGCGGGACGAAGGCGCACAACAUUACCGCUCCUCAUGGAACAAAAACGGCCGCGAGCUUCAGCCAGCCAACGUCGCUCAACGUGCCGCCUCGAACGUCUCAACCCGCGAGAAGCCGUCGCGGCAGCGGUCGCACUUCCUGCAGCUCCUUCACAUUGCAAUCUACGACAACGCACUACAAUACGUCGACUACGACCCGGACAUUGUGCUCCUUCACGUGCUGCUCACCAAGCUGGUGUACCAGCUGGGUAUCAACGCAGUCAAAUACGGGUUACCCAUGGUGUUCCGCCUUCAGGAGGAUAUCCCGGAUGCGGAGCUUCCAGUGCAAAAGGUCCGACUUGGCAGUCUCUGCCAUGGAUACUUCUGGGCAGUGACUGAAAAGUUCGACAUUGAGAACUCUGCCGUCGGGCGCGCAAUCACCAACGAAGUCAUUCGAAGACGCAGCAAGCAUUUCUGGACCGAGGGCGUGGCUAUCCCGCCUCCGGGACUGGAUCUCGUUGGUACCCCUGGGAUUCCUAAGUUGCAGACAAGGCUGCCUUCCACCGAGGUCGAAAGCGAAGCGCUACUGCCUUUUGAUGACCGGGAAUCACUUGUCGAGAGCAUCUGUGUGAGUUAUGCAGACACAAGCAUCUCACCGCCGAACAGUCCUCCUCAGUCACCUGGUCGUAAUUUCUCACACCCUAUUCUCAACACCUCAAUCACCAGCGCACCUGCAGCGCCAGGGACAGAGCUGCCUGCCUCUUUUCGAGAGCACAUGCUUACGGACUGGUCAAGGGAUGCUGCAAUGUUAGCACUGCAGGCAGGAAGCAAAUCGGAAUCUUUGGCUGGCUCGAAAAAUGGCACUAUGGGGACCAACCGACACCACCUCACGGUCAACGGCGCUAACGGCCACGGGCAAGCGGGCGAGUCGUCGCCGCUUGGCAGCCAACGCAAUCUUCGUCCUAAUUCGUCCCAGGUGCUUGGGGGCUUGUCUCCCAUGAGGCAGCUGCGCAAGUCCAGUGUUCGGAGCGGUGUUUCGCCCUCGCCCUCGGACUCUAGCCGGGGCGUGGUUGCGUCUGUCGAUCAGCUGAAGAUGGUAUUAUCAGGGCAAGCACCGGCAACACCCAUUGGCACCUCAGCCGGGCUGCAUCACGACAGCGAUAGUGAUAGUAUGGUCAGCUACGACUUUACGCCAUCGGAACUCAGCUUCAACCCGGGUGCACCACAAACAGAAAAUGGCGACGGGGCUUCUCUAGGGCGGCCACGGUCUUCAUCUCAGUCACGCAAGGGCGGGCCUCUGAAUUCGAACCCUUUGUACGAACACAACGAGGACGAGCAGGUGCCGCCUGUCCCGCCACUGCCCAUUAAUAUCGGCGGACUGGCAUCCUCGAUUUCUAUUCAAGAUUAUGCGGUCAAGCCAGCGAAACGGAACUUGAGCAGCCGCGGUGGCGAUAGUGUAUACCAUGGAUCGGCAAGAGGGGAUGGGAACUUUCCGAUGGUCUCGGGCGGGGGGAUGGAUUUGCACGAACUUCUCAACGGAAUCGACAGCAAGGCGGGAGAGCUUAGCCUGGGAAACGUCACGAAGCCGCCAUACUAA